ACACCUUUAUUCUCCUUCUCCUUCUACUUGUUUAUCAAUCUUCAAGUUUUUCCCCCUUUUCUUUUUUGUUUGUUUGUUGGUUGUAUGCCAAGUUUAGGAACAUGGAUAUUUUGGCACUUGAUGAUAUAAUCAAUCGGUUGCUUGAAGUACGUGGUAGACCUGGUAAACAAGUUCAACUUUCCGAGGCUGAAAUCAGACAGCUCUGUCUCAAGUCUAAAGAGAUUUUCUUGCAGCAGCCUAAUCUUCUUGAGCUCGACGCACCCAUCAAGAUCUGUGGUGAUAUCCAUGGUCAGUAUUCAGAUCUACUGAGGCUGUUUGAAUAUGGUGGAUUACCUCCAAAAUCCAAUUACCUAUUCUUGGGUGAUUAUGUUGAUAGGGGUAAGCAAAGUUUGGAAACAAUAUGCCUUCUUCUUGCAUAUAAAAUAAAGUAUCCUGAGAACUUUUUCCUUUUGAGGGGAAACCAUGAAUGUGCUUCUGUGAAUCGUAUAUAUGGAUUCUAUGAUGAGUGCAAAAGAAGGUUCAAUGUUCGACUGUGGAAAGUAUUCACAGAUUCUUUUAACUGCCUCCCCGUGGCAGCGCUGAUUGAUGAAAAGAUAUUGUGCAUGCACGGUGGACUCUCUCCUGAUCUUCAACAUUUGGAUCAGAUAAGGAACCUGCAACGACCAACUGAUGUUCCGGAAAGUGGGUUGCUCUGUGAUCUUCUCUGGUCAGAUCCUAGUAAAGAUGUUAAAGGGUGGGGAAUGAAUGACCGAGGAGUUUCGUACACCUUUGGCCCUGAUAAGGUCACAGAGUUUCUUCAGAAACAAGAUCUUGAUCUUAUUUGUCGUGCCCAUCAGGUCGUGGAAGAUGGAUAUGAAUUUUUUGCUGAUAGACAACUUGUGACAAUCUUUUCGGCCCCUAAUUACUGUGGAGAGUUUGACAAUGCUGGUGCUAUGAUGAGUGUGGAUGAGACUCUUAUGUGUUCUUUUCAGAUAUUAAAGCCUGCAGAGAAGAAGCCAAAGUUUGGAUUUGGGAGUACUACUACGGCUAAAACUGCGACUCCAGCAAAACCGAAGUCAUUUCUUGGUAAAAUUGGAUGAGAUGAACCAACCCAGUAUCGAUAUCAACUACCUCCCUUACCCUCAAGUAUAUGCAGACGGAGGCUCGGGUUUGGGAGCACUCCAGAAGAGAAGAAGAUACCUUCCUGAGAUUCGAAUCAGGAAAUCUCUAAUAAUUUUGAUUUGUCAUGUAUAAUAUAAAACCCAUCCAGUGAUGCAAAGCUCUACGAUUCACCUGCAAAUAGAUUUUCCAACUCUUUUGGUCUUUUAUUCACAACUUUUUUGGUGUAGUCAGAUACAGGGGACAAAUGUUGCCCUUUUGUGUUAAAAAGUCCUGAAUAUCUGUUUUCCUUUGCUGCUGAUGUGUCUCUUUUAGUUGUUCAA